UCUCCCAGGGCUGACCCCGCACAGCUCCAGAACCCAGCCAGCCUCCCAUGUGCCACGGCCGCCCGGAGGACCAUCCUUAUGCACAAGAUGAUUACAAAGAUAACCUGUAGAUUGGGAAGAUGUGUGUCCACUGUGGCAUGUAGGACCACCCAGGUGAGAAGAUUUCUGCAUGGUGCUUAUUUCAGGAUUCAGCCCUCCGUACAGGAAGCCCUGAUGGAGGGGAGACCAGUUGUAGCCUUGGAAAGCACCAUCAUUACACAUGGCAUGGCCUAUCCUCAGAAUCUAAGCAUGGCCAGAGAGGUAGAAAAAAUUGUAACAACAAAUGGAGCAGUUCCAGCCACUAUAGGUAUUUUAAGGGGUCAAAUCCACGUGGGACUCACAGAUGAGGAACUUCAGUUCUUGGCAAGCAGUAAAAAUGUAGCUAAAGUGUCUCGGAGAGAUCUUCCUUAUGUCCUCAGCCAGGGCUUGUCCGGUGGCACUACCGUGUCCGGAACAAUGAUUGCAGCACACAAGGCAGGAAUUUGUGUGUUUGUGACAGGAGGCAUCGGAGGUGUCCAUCGGGGAGGAGAGAACACUCUGGAUGUGAGUGCUGACUUGACAGAGCUAGGACGAACUCCAGUUGCUGUUGUAUCUGCAGGAGUCAAGUCUAUCCUUGAUAUUGGCAGGACACUGGAAUAUCUGGAGACCCAGGGAGUCUGUGUGGCUGCCUUUGGGGAAUCGAGGGAGUUCCCAGCCUUCUUCUCACGCCAGAGUGGCUUCAAGGCACCAUAUCACGUCCAGGAUGAAGAGGAGGCAGCUAAACUCAUCGCCAGCGCUCUGGGGCUAGGCCUGAGCAGCGGGGUGCUGAUAGCAGUGCCCUGUCCUCAGGAGCGAGCUGCCUCAGGCCAGGUUAUGGAAGAAGCCAUCCAGCAAGCUCUCAGCGAAGCCAGGUCCAAAGGGAUUACAGGUAAAGAACUGACCCCUUUUAUGUUACAGAAGAUCAAUGAAUUAACUGACGGAAAAUCACUGGACUCAAACCUUGCUCUGAUCAAGAACAAUGCCAGAGUGGGCAGCUGCAUUGCAGUGGCCCUGAGCAAGCUGCAGAAAGCCACAAGGAAGGGGAACCUGCCUCGGCAAGAGGACACAACCCCACCUCAGCCAGUGGUGAUUGGAGGUAUCAACGUUGACUUUAUAGCCAAGGCGCAGAACUCUGUUAUUCUGGGUGGUGGGCAAACGAAUGCUGGAAGAGUGAGACGAACUUUCGGCGGCGUUGGAAGAAACUUGGCAGACUGCUUAAGCCGCCUCGGGCUGACUCCUCUCUUUCUGUCUGCCAUGGGGAAGGAUGAACACUCAGAGUCCGUCCUGCACUACUGUCACCACAUGGACAUGAGUGCCAUCCUGCAGCUGGAGAAGAAGAGCACAGCCACUUACUGUGCUGUGAUCACCAGUGCUGGGGAGCUGAGUGUUGGCUUGGGAGAUAUGGACAUCCACCACCAGAUAACAGAGCAAUACGUGUCCCAGUUCAAGGAGAACCUGUGCCGGGCCCCGCUAGUCUGCGUUGACGGAAACGUGCCUCUGUCCACUAUUCAGUACAUCUGCCAACUAGCUAGGGAGCAUCAGCUAGCAGUGUGCUUUGAGCCAACAGAUGAGAACAAGGCCUCUAAGCCAUUCCUCUCAGACAGCUGGAAAGCACUCACGUACAUUUCCCCCAACCUCCAAGAGCUAAGAGCAAUAAAUCAGACCCUUGGGAACCCUCUGCCAGCAGAGCUGCCGUCCAGGUUGGAGGACGUUAUCAAGACGGCCAUGGCCUUGGCCCGCCCAUUGCUGGCCCACCUGUGCUGCGUGGUGGUGACCCUGGGCGCUCACGGCGUCCUUCUCUGUGGCAAGAGCCUGGGAGGGAGCAUCUCGCUUCGUCCAGCAGCUCACGAGCAGCCUGCUGCUGCCAGUCUCUGUGCCACCCACUACCCCGCCAUCCACAUCAGCGGGGAGGAGAUAGUCAAUGUCUCAGGAGCUGGUGACAGCUUAAUGGCAGGAAUCCUUGCAGGGAUGCUCGCUAACCACGACACAGACACCUGUGUCCGGAUGGGUCUGCUGGCUGCGAGCUUGUCCCUCCGCUCCUACGAGCCCAUUUCUCCAGAAAUCAGCACUGCCACUGUCAGCUGGGAACAAGUCCAGGGCAAGACCUGGCCAGCGGCGAAGGUAUGGAAGAUGGACUAGGUCACCAUGGCUCUCUCAUCCAUCACCUCCUCACACACCCAGCAC